AUGCUCCACAAUGAGCGUGUAAUAUUUGUAUUUGACAGCGAAUAUGGCCGCUUUCUUUCCAUUGAGACAAUCAGAAACACGAUAUCCUGCUCUUUCAAGACCACUGUUAAACGGUCAGGAGUGGCGUUUAGAAUUAGAACAGAGGCAACUCCUAAAAUCAAGUGCACAGCCAGUCCUGCUAUUGGAAUAACAGAUAAGUCAAUUAGUACCCAAAUAACAUGUCUGCUUUCCAGUGGACUGACAUUUAACGACCUUUUUCAACCGGUGAUACUUAAGUUGGAAGUUGCCUUUCUGAAUAGCAAUCAAUUCAGGACAGUUAUGCAUGACAUGGCUAUCGAAUCCCUUCUAAACAUGGUUCAGACCAAAGCUUUUCAAAUCUUUAUUCUUCCCCGGAAACUGGCCGAUGAUCCUUACUGUUUGAGCAUUUCAGAUAUUCUUGUUACUAGUCGUGUUAACGAAAGCACCUUGCAGCAUCGAGCAGCACACAGAAACGCACUUUGUCCGUUUAAAGCGCUCACUAAUAUUUACACCUCUCUUGCCAAUCGCUCACUUCUGUUGGCAGUGAGCCUUAAGCACUCCAUUGAUCCACGCACCAAGAGGGAGUACACUGAUGAGGAAGGCUCAGAUUUAAUUCUUGAACAGAUUGGACAGGAAUGUGAUACUAGGAUUGGUGAGCUAAAAAGUCUUAGACUACCUCCUGCGUAUCAAAAUGCUAGGCUCCCCAUAGCACAGAGGGCUAAGCGACAGCAUAAAGACAAUAGAAUGCCAAUUGGCUGGUCAGAGGAGCAGCUCACGAGUAUGGGUGUUGGUGACUAUGGUGUACCUCUUCCACCCAACCAGUCUACACAUAACUGCUAUGAGUAUGCACAAGAUCAUUAUGCUGUUAUCAAAGCAUACAGUCUACUUUUGGACACUCUCAGACACGAUCUUCUUAUGUGGAUUGACAUGCCGCUUCAAGCUCAGAUUUCUGUCAUUACGAAAGCAUGCCGCGAUGUGGUGACACCCAUCGCGUGUCCUGUAUGCAGUUCGAUGUCUGUGGAAAGCUACACUAUCUGCCAUCGCUGCGGCUGCGCAAUUGGCUGCUGCACCGACUGUGCCCGUAGCUACUCUGCACUGCAUAAGGCAGAGUGUGAUAUGUUGUUCCCCGUCGCUAUCUUCCAAACACUCUCCUCAGAUGAUCUUGUAGACGCUAUAGAGCAGGGUAACAGGGCUCUUUUCGAUCAAUUACAAAGCAUUGGUUCUAAGACAACUAUAGAAGCGGAGAUGAUUUUCGAGACAUGGAAUGAAAGCAGAUGCGCAGUAGCUGUUCUUCUUGAGGACGCAAGUGCUGCCGUUUGCAAACUGGAACGAUAUCUAGUCUCAGGACAACAAAGCAAUCAGUAUCCUGAAACAAGUAUAGACAACCAAGAUAUUAAAAAAGAGCACCAUAAUCUGGACUGUGCAAAGGUCAAAUCAACCUAUUGGCCGGAAACCGGCUCCAAACGGCUGUAUGUAACUGCAAACAAUCUCAAGGAUAUAAUGUUAAAUAUCAAGGAAAGGAAGAGUGUCAUAGAUGUUCACGAAGGGAUCGCACGGAUAAAAGAAAGCUCUGACGCUGUGCGAGACUUUUUAGUAGAAAAUGUUGGUGAUGAGGACGAAAAUGUACGGGCAAUCCUGGAAUUUCUUCUCGACAAUAAAUCAAUCUUUCCAGAAAUAUUUACAGAAAUGAUCUCGCGCAUGAGGUAUGCCUACAUGGAGCAAUUGAUGCUUUUGAAAGAGAAGAUUAUGGAGGUGGAAGAGGAGAUACUGUCCAUGGACUAUCAAGACCAAGUUCAUCGAUUUGAGUUCAUUGAGUGUGUUUCUACCUUUGUCAAUCUAUUGCGCUCCUUGCCGCUCAGGGCUCUUCCAUCCUUUCUAGAAACCCAAACAGUGGUAGAACAGGCGUUUAUCUCUGAAGAUGGGCGUACUAUAUGUGCACAACCAGGCGACAUAAACGAAAGCGUGCAGCAUACCAGCGAUACCUCUCUCCAGGAAAUGUUCAUAGAGUUAACCGACUCUGCGGUUUCUAUUGUACGACAUGAGUUCGACAGGAUUGACAAGGCAACCACAGAGGAAGGAGCAACGAGUCAAUGCACAAAUAAUUUGAAGAACUCACAGAUGAAACAGAUUGAAGUACGGCAUCUGAAGUCGUUGGCUAUUAAGCCUCAGAUCCUUCAGUUAUUGAGCGAGGUGCAGAGUAUCGGCAUGUUGCAAUUUAAAGGGUCGACAAUAAAGAGAAGUACUGACCUUAGUGCAUUGGGAAUAGAGGAGAAGCAAUUUCCCAAGGAAAACUUCAUCUCCUACUGUGAAGCCAUGAAGGAAAUGCAGACAAUGUUGGGCGAACUUAGGGUGUAUUGCCCUCACGGAAUUAAUGCCCUGUGUCCGAUAUACAAGGAUAGUAUAAGAGAUUGGCCUUUGAUGCCUGUGAAGUUCUCUGUUACAGAAGAACAAAUGAGUAAUGCAUAUGAUGUAGCUGCAUUUUUGGAAGCAAAGCUAUCACAGAUGUCUGACUUGCUGGACGCCAUCACAAACGAGUCGCGUGCAAUCCAGGCCAAGAUCGGCGGGAAAACCAAGCAACUUAAGCAGUUUAAAUCUGAAUUUAAUCAGAUUGUGGCAAAAAAUGAAAGCUUUGUGGGUCAGAUUGAUCGCCGCAAUGGAGCAAGGCAGAAUCAGUACUUACAGCUACCCAGUCUCCCCCUCGACUUGCGUCAAACAAGCGCAAAAUCUGUUGGAUCUGGAUAUGCACGCCUAACUAACUAUCUAAUCCAAGAUAUAUUGUCAGUUUCAUCUAGACAGGCAGACCGCAUAAUGACGCUUCUUCCACAAGAAAAAAUUAAAGAGUUGAAAGAGGUCUGUGGCACAUAUGUGUGCAGAAAACAUUCGCUGUUGUUCUUGGCUGCAUCUGGAAAGUGUCAACACAUCCUUUCGGUGUACAUCCGCAAUGGAAUAUUCUACCCCCAUUCCCAGGCGGCGCUGUCAUCUCGGCAAGAACAGAAGAGUAGAGCACGCAGAAAUAGUAUAGCUAUCAACCUUAACAAAGAAGCCGACAACUAUCUGGAAGGUCAGGCCAGUACGCCGCAAACGGGAUUCCUCACGCCCAAGCACAAAGCCGGACAGCCAUAUGGGCGAUUUCCUUUAAACAGUGAUCAUAGUAAAGGUGCACCUCUCACACAGUAUGCAGAACAGGUGCUCCGGCAAAAGCUGACAAGGAAGCGAGUAGACAAGCUGCCCUCACCGGCAUCUGCGCGGCCGUGUCCACAUCCCCCCAAAGACUCAGAAAAUAGCUCUAAUGCGUUAUAUAAUAUACAAAGCAUUUCUGCGCAAGUAGAUGAAACAAUCUGCUCCAAUAUGUAUGAUACCAACCAAAGCACCUGGAAAACGGCGUCCUCUCCUGCUUCUUCCGUACCAAACAAUGGUGUAUAUGAUACGUCCCAACUACUUAUCCAAAGAGGUAUUAUUGGCGCACGUGACGACCUAGAGAAAUACACGUGUGAGUUGAACAUUCUGUACCCGAGUUUGACAAGAGCAUUGGCGUACGAUGAAUUUGUUUCCGGGAUAGAGCAUGCUUGCAGACGUCCAAUCAAUAUCGAUGUCUUCACUGCAGAGAAUGAGUUCCGUGCUACACAGUUCCUUGUGGUUAAAGAACAGGAGGAGAAGGAUAUAAAUAGCACUAUUGUGCAUAGCGAAAACGAUAUAAAGGAGCAACAAUCCGCCAUUCUCCCUCAUCCACCUAUGCUUGGCCUUCCUCCUAGGCCAAAAAGCGUACCAGGACUAUCCUUGCCUUUCGCUUGCAACAAGGCUUCGAAUAUAACCACUAGUUCGAUAACCGAGUCUGAAAGGCCUCAAAGCGGUGUGUUGAAAAAGCGUAGGUCGAUUAAGUCUGCUCUUUGUCAACGCGAAUUAGCCAAACGUGCAGCUGAGCUCAAACAAGCAUAUGAGCAAACAAUUAAGGACUUCCCCAGUGGAGAUACAGAGCUACCUGCUAUUCGGCGAGAAAUAGCUGAGUUUCGGUCAAGAUUUAUAGAUGCCUUAACCGGUGCUGAUGCAACCUUAAGUGACCUGGUUAAAUUGCGCUACACUGCAUACAAAACAAUCAACAGAAGGUUAAAAAGAACAGUAGCUCGAACAACCGAGCACACAGUACAAAAGCAUGGUGAAAAAAGUACGUCCUCUGUACAUCUGCAAAGCUGCUUGGCACGCAUGAAGGAGCAGGCAAUCACUAAUGAUAUUGCAAAGUUAAAAGAGGUCAUAUCCUCUUCAGCAGCUUUGUCAACGCUCCCAGUUUCUUUGCGGAACUACUUUCGGUCAUGGCUUGAGGUAGAAAGUGAGGCAAACAAUCUUUUUACAUACGUGGACAAAAAGAUAGCCUUAAAGCUCUCCUCCAAAUCUCAAGACCACAAGCAUAUUGCAAGAAUAUCGAGUAGAGCAAUCGAUGCUAACAUUCACGGGUGGUCCGUGUGUAUUGACUUUGGAGUGCUUGCCGGGGCUGAAUAUCGCUUGCUAGCACUAUUUGACUUAUUGCCGUUUUAA